GCUAAAAUAAUUUUUUUGACUUAAUUUUUUUUCAGUUUUUGGCAAGAGCAUGCAAGGUAUUAUUGUGAUAAAAAUGGUAAAAUGAUUUUACGAAGAAUCACAUUGAACUAAAUUGAAAAAAAUAUUUAAAAUUCUUACAUAUCAAAGCCAUGUUACGACAGAAUGCCUACGUUAAAGUUUUUUAAUUUUUCUAUAGAAACAUGAAAAGUGGGAGGGUUAAAAACCCAUGCAAAAUAUGUUUAGAAACCGUCAAUAAGAAGAAAGGAAUGCAGUGCAAGGGUGCAUGUCAGAAAUGGGCGCAUUAUAAGUGCUUAGAUUUUAGUCCAGGUAAAAUAAAGGAUCUUAAAGAUGGCCAUGUUAAAAUAACCUGCCCGUGUCCCGAUUGUGAAGCACCUGACACACAGAAGUGUUGUUCAGCUAAGAAAACAUGCACAUCUGCAUCUGGACCGUCUGCAAAGCCUAUACCCUACCCACCGCAAUAUGCACUUCCUUAUACCAGGGAUGCCAUGCCCGUGUCUCACACAUCUUGUGGAAUGAUAUCUGAAGAUGUGUCACUGAGAUCCUCUGAUCCAUCUUUAUCGCCAAGGACAACGACAGGUUCCACCUCCCCCCAAUUAUUUAUGGCUUGUCCGCCAAAUAAAACAUUUCGUUCGAAACAAACUUCUCCAAAAAUAUCGCCUGAACCCUCGCGUUGUGGACCUUGUUGUACAAACAAAAGAACACAUUCUACGUCCGCUUUAGCAUCGUCAUCUUCUGACAGUGGCAUCAAUAUCAAAUGUGUCCCUCGACGGGCAUCAUCAAGCGAUUCAAAGUUACCUACUGCGUCAAACCAAAAAGAGCUGAUUGUAAGCCUGGAUGAAAUGUGCAAAACUGUCGGAAAACUUUCAAGCCAGCUCCGAGAGUUGAUGUUUAAAAUGAUUGAAAACAAUAAACUGUAAUAAUAAUUACUGAAAACCUUACUGCUUUAA